GUCGUUUGGUCGUAUCCUCAUCACACUCAAGAUAUUUCAUGAUUGACGUAUCGGAAGGCUAUAUACGGUCGUUAAAACCGGCUUCUUAAAUUGCACUGCCAAACGAUAAGCCGAAACUUACCGAGGAUGGCAUCCUGCUAAAGAAGAUCGGCCUGUAAGACACCUCAAAAUGCAGAAGAUUAUAUGCUGGCUGAGUGUUUGCGUGCUUGCGUGUGUUAAGGCGUUCUAUGCCCCUGGCGUGCGAAUCGAACUAAAUGGCAGGAAUAUACUUGUUCCCAUAUUUGAAAAGGGCACGUACAAAAUGAUGGUCACUCCACAAACGACGCUUUGUGACAGAACUAUUAUAGUUCAUGAUUUUACGAAGAAUAUUACUAUUUACAAGGACAUCACAGCUACUACGUGCUUCAUCACUCCUUUCUAUGACGAUGUGUUAGACAAGACGGUCAUCCUUUUCAAAGCCACAGAACGUUCGAAUAGAGAAGAUACUCCGUCUGUUGUACUCCAUCCAGAAACCGUGCUAAGUGACCUGCAGGUGAAGUCGCUGGGCCCACGGGCCAAAAUAUGUGGAACAUACCCUGCUCUCUGGAUGAAAAGAGAUGACCAUUUAACCUCUACCCAGAGAUCUACGAGAGACGUGGUACCAAGUAUUAAGAUAGGGAAGGUUUAUGCGCAAAUCAAGGAAGAGUAGUUUGAACUCUUACGUAUUCUAUCAGAUAGUAAAACAGAAGCUAGAGUACACUGACAGUGAAAAAAGAAAAAGAAAAAAACGCUGAAUACUUCACAUACAC